CGGAGAUCGCGACGGUUCAUUAUAGACUGCAAUGGCCUCUCGGUAUGCCAAGACGAUCAAGGUGCCGGACGGGUUCCCCGACACGCUGCGCAACUUUGCGCGCGAAGUGCUUCGGCAGCAAGAGAAGCUUGCGACGCGCGAAGACAUUUUGCAGUACGGGAUCAAGUACUUCAAGGACCUCGCCGAGAAGCGCGCGGGGAUCAACAACGGGCCGACGUUUGCGACCGAGAAGUUUAUGACGAUGGCCGACGAAGAAAUCGACGACUUUCUCUGGCAGACGUUCCGCGCGGCGGACCCGCCGAGCGCCGGGCACAUUGACAUUGCCGACUUCAAAAAGGCCUUUUCCGACAUGGUCGACUACCUCAAGCUCAACCCUCUCGCUCGCUUGCGCUGCGCCGCCGAAGUCGACGAGCUCGAGAACGCCUCGGUGGCCUACUCGGAUUUUGUGGCGGCCGCCAGCCGCGUCAUCUCGACGCUCAAGAAGCGCAAGAGCAUUGAAUCACCGUUGUACGAUGCCAACGCAGGCAAGGAAGUGCCCAUCAACGAGGACACGGACGCGCUCUUGCAUGGACUCUUGCGGGAGGAGAUGGAGAGUCUCUUGCGCGAAAUUCUGCACCACGUCGACGUCGAGAACGCUGGGUCGGUCACGCGCCACGCCUUCCUGGGCUGUCUCCAGGAUGGCGACUUGGGCUUGACGCGUCGGGAAAUCAACUUGAUAUUGUUUCAAGUGCCCGAGACCGUCGACAACAUUGUCAUUUACUCGGACAUCAUUCCGACGAUCUUUGACGUGCUCUUGUACGCGCACGCCAACGACCUCCUCGAAACACCGCGCAGCGAAGACGUGGUCGAAGUCCAGCUCAACAAGGUGUUUGCGAGUGGCGACGACGACGGCACCGGUCUCCUCUCGUUCGCUGCCCUCAAGACGACCCUGCGCCUCGCGGGGGUCGGCCUCUCGCGGAUCCAGAUCAUCGCCCUGCUCUCCGAAGCCGUCGAGGAAGAGGAAGACGCCGUCAACUACGAAGCAUUCGCCAAGCGGAUCGCGCCCAUGGUGCUGCGCAUGAUCGACUUUGACACGCAGUCGCAGCUCGCGAGCGUCGCGCGCGUGUACCGCAGCUCGGAAGAGUAUUUUGUCGUCCACGGCAUGAACCAGCACGAAUUUUCGAACGCGCUCACGACGGCGUUCGAAGCUAUUGACGACGGCGAGCGCGGGUGUCUCUCCCGCCGCGAUAUCGCCGAGGCCGUCCAGAAUGCAUUUCCGAGCAUUGCGCGAACGCACCUCUCGGCGCUGCUUGCGCUCUCCGACCCGAUCCCGGGCUCGAUUGAGAUGGAGUACGCUCCGAUCGUCCACAAUGGCUUCCAAGCACUGCAGUGGCUCCACGAGUACGUGGCCUUGAGCGCCCACAUUGUCUGAGCUUUUACGACGUACAUGUACACAAUACGACAAGUACAACCAUAUAAAAUGACCAAAAAGACACAAUAUAUGAGCUAAAAACUGUGGAAAUGCGCUGAAAACAGUG